AUGAGACUGUCUGCGGCGUCUUUGGUCGUCCGUGCUCUGAACCUGAGCUCUACGAGAUCGGACGCCUACGAGAGCGGCCAGGGCUCUCUUUACGUCUUCACUGGUGUUCUGUUCCUGUUCGGCUACACCUGCAUUCAGGACGAAGUGAACCCCGAUUCCAAGUGGGCAGAAAUUUAUCGAGCUAUAACUCAAGAACCGCUCAAAUGGAUGGGAGCGGACAAGACAGCGGCGACAAGGCCGGCCCCAAGCCUCUCCUCCCCUCUGAGGCAAGUUCAUUGA